UCAAUAAAAACCCCACGAUUCUUCCUCCAAUAUAGGGCGGAAAAGAAAACAACUUCUCGAGAAAGUGACGUUGUCGACUCGGCCAACUCGGUCUCGACUCGGUUCAUCGUCACCAAAACCCUAAUUCCGAACCCAAAAGGGAGUGAAAUUUCGUGAACAACGAAGCCCAAUGGUUCGAACCAAUGGCGCCAAGCUCUUCCGCUGUUUGGCUCGAAAAUCUCUCCAGUCGAGCCUUCUGGAAGCUUCUCCAACUUCGAUUAAUGAGUCGUUGUUAAGGGGGCACUAUAGGUGUUUCGGUUCUGGAAUCUGCAACAAUUCUUCUAGGGUUAUUGGAAUUCCCAAUUCGACAUCAGUUAAUCAUAGAAACCGUUUGCUGUUCGGAGUUCUAAAUGCUAACUGGGGAGCUGCAAGAUGGAUUCAUGGAACUGCGUAUAUGGCUGCUAAUGAUUAUUAUGAUACACUUGGUGUGAGCAAGAAUGCCAGUGCGUCUGAAAUAAAGAAAGCUUAUUAUGGGCUUGCAAAGAAGUUCCAUCCUGAUACCAAUAAAGAGGAUCCAGAUGCCGAGAAAAAGUUUCAAGAGGUUCAAAAGGCAUAUGAGGUAUUGAAAGACGAGGAGAAGCGGUCUCUCUAUGAUCAGGUUGGCCAUGAUGCAUUUGAACAAGCUAAUACUGAAGGUGGUGCUGGUAAUCCAUUUCAUGGUGGUGGGUUUGGUAAUCCAUUUGAGGACAUCUUCCAAAAUGACUUCUUCAAGACAAUAUUCAAACAAAAUAUUGGCGGCCAAGAUGUCAAGGUUUCCAUUGAACUAUCUUUCAUGGAAGCUGUCCAGGGAUGCACUAAAACUGUAACAUUUCAAACUGCUUUGCCUUGUGAAGCUUGUGGUGGAAGUGGUGUCCCUCCAGGAACCAAGCCUGAAACAUGCAAGCGAUGUAGAGGUUCAGGCAUGAUGUUCAUGCAAAAUGGCCCAUUUAGAUUGCAAUCUACCUGUACUCAUUGUGGUGGAACGGGGAAAACCGUAUCGACUUUCUGCAAAUCAUGCAAGGGAGAUCGAGUGGUAAGAGGAUCAAAGUCAGUCAAGUUGGAUAUUAUGCCAGGAGUGGACGACAAUGAAACUCUAAAGGUGUAUAGAAGUGGUGGAGCUGAUCCUGAAGGAAAUCAACCUGGUGAUCUUUAUGUUACUAUCAGGGUCCGACAAGAUCCUGUUUUCCGUAGAGAAGGCCCAGACAUCCAUGUUGAUGCUGUUUUGAGCAUCACUCAAGCAAUCUUGGGAGGAACCAUUCAAGUCCCAACACUCACAGGAGAUGUUGUUCUUAAGGUCCGUCCUGGCACUCAACCUGGUCAGAAGGUAGUUUUGAAGAGAAAAGGGGUUAAAGGAAGAAAUUCUCUUUCAUUCGGAGACCAAUAUGUGCACUUCAAUGUCAGCAUUCCAUCGAAUUUGACCCAGAGGCAACGGCAACUUAUUGAGGAGUUUGCCAAAGAAGAGCAAGGAGAAUAUGAUAAGGGUGCUGCUGCUGGAGCAUCAGGGUAGACUGAUAAAUUAUCACGAAGUACCAAAAAGGGAAAAUAGAAAAGAAAAAGGAUUUUGAGAAAAAUUUCUUCUCUUGAAAAGUUUUGUAGGAUAAAAUUUCCGUUGAAUUGUUCUUACUAUGUAACAUUGAGCAAGUGAAUAAACUCAUUCAGUGUCCACAGCUGCUAUUGUACAUAAUUUUAUAUCAUUUCUUACGUUGAUAAA